AUGAAGGUCUAUUGUCUCGCAGUCGCCCACCAGUCAGGCGCCAAGGCCACAUUACUGGCUGCAGAUGUCAAGGAGUUUAUGGGAUUCUUUGCUAUAACUGUAUCAGACAGGACAGAGCCAGGCACCAGACAGAAAAUCCAAGAAAAUAACUAUGUCGGCCACGUAUAUGUUCGUCAAGACGGCCUCGCAGCCGUAAUCGUAACAGACGCCGAAUACCCGCAACGAGUAGCAUUCUCGGCUCUAAAUCGUCUCAUUGACGAAUUCUCAACAAAAUUUCCCGAAUCUCGUUGGGGUGCUUUGAAUCCAUCAAAUACUGCUACAGUCUAUCCGGAACUCAAACAACAUUUGGAUCGCUUCCAGGAUCCGCAGGGCGCCGAUCCGUUCUUGCGUGUGCAAAAGGAGCUGGAUGAGACAAAGAUUAUAUUGAACAAGACCAUGGAACAAUUAUUGCAACGAGGAGAGAAACUAGAUGAUUUGGUGGCUAAAUCUGAUCAAUUAUCGGCCCAAUCUAAAAUGUUUUACAAGACUGCCAAGAAGACUAAUGCUUGUUGUUAUUAA